GCCAUGUCUCGGAGCCCCUCUAGUAGCUCUGUGGAUGACAAGACCUUGCUCCUGGAGUACCGAUGCCACCCAGUGCAGCCAGAUCCCCCCAGCCCAACCUGUGCCCCUGGGAAGCGCAGCUCCACCACGGCGCCCGGUGCCACCUCGCUGUCACCACUGGCCUCCCCCACCUCGGUCGAGCCCCGUCGCAUCAUCCUCAGCACGGAGAGCCCGGCCGCGCUGAAGGUGGGAACGCAGCAGCUCAUCCCCAAAAGCUUGGCCGUCUCCUCCAAGCCCAAAAACAGCCCCUCCAGGCACCAGAGCUUCGGGGUGAGCCGGGAACCCCUGAGCCCUGACCCGAAGCAGGCGGCCGUCCCCAUGGUGGCCCUGGAGGUGGAGGAUGAGGAUGAUGGCGGGGGGGCCCUCAAGCGCAACCUGAGGAACAUGUCCUACCGUGCGGCCAUGAAGGGGCUGGGUGCCGAGCUGGACCCGGCCAAGGCCACUCCCUCGCUGAAGCCCAUGUCCGAGGAUGGCAGCGCCCUGCCUGACCGCAGCCCCGGCAGGAGCAAGAAAACCCUCGGGCGGAAGCGGGUGCAGAAGCGUGGUGGCUCAUUCAAGGACCAGCCUCAGCUGUAUCAAGAGAUCCGUGAGAGAGGUCUGAACUCUGUCAGCCAUGAGUCAGAUGAGGAUUUGCUGGACGAGUCCCUGCCAGAGGAGCAGUCCCCUCUGGGUGCUGCUAUAGUGGUGCAGAGCUACCGCCCGGCCCAAGUGACCUGGAGCCAGCUCCCAGAGGUUCUGGAAUCAGGCAUCCUGCAGAGGAUCUCCCCUGAGGAGCGCAAGCGGCAGGAGGCAAUGUUUGAGAUCAUCACUUCUGAGUACUCCUAUAUGCACAGCCUGAGCAUCCUGGUGGGCCACUUCAUGAGGUCAGAGGAGCUGAAGGAGACCAUGACUCAGACAGAGCACCACCACCUCUUCUCCAACAUCGGGGACAUCCUGACAGUCAGCACAAGCUUCUUUGAAGACUUGGAGAAGCGACACCAGGAGCACCUCCUGAUCCCUGACAUCAGUGACAUCGUGGAGGAACACGCCUCGAAACACUUCAACCCCUACAUCAGCUACUGCUCCAAUGAAGUGUACCAGCAGAGGACACUGGAUAAGCUGCUAACCACAAACCCCUUAUUUAAAGAGACCCUGAAACAAAUUGAAAGGAAACCAGAGUGUGGAGGCCUGCCAAUGAUCUCAUUUCUCAUUCUGCCCAUGCAGAGGGUAACACGGCUUCCUCUGCUCUUAGAUACCGUCCAGCAAAAAACAAACGCACACACUGCAGCGUACGGAGCUGCCACCCGCGCUGUGAAGGCCAUCAGCAAGCUGGUCAAGAGCUGCAAUGAGGGAGCUCGGGCUAUGGAGAGGACAGAGCAGAUGUACACCUUGCAGAAACAGCUGGAAUUUGGGAAGAAGAAGCCUUUCCCCCUGAUCUCUGUGUCACGGUGGCUGCUGAAGCGGGGCGAGCUGUACCUGCUGCUCUCAGAGGAGGCCGGGCUCUUCCGCCGCGGCGCCGGCCGUCUCUGCCACCUCUUCCUGUUCAACGAUGUCCUCAUCAUCACCAAGAAGAAGAGCGAGGAGAGUUACACAGUCAUGAACUAUGCCACGCUGGACCAGGUCACUGUGGAGAAGGUGGAGAGCUCAGAUCCACCCUCCCCUCCUCCUGGCAAGGCUGGUGGGCACCUGCUCCGAGUGGUGCUGGAGAAGGACAGCGAGGGCCGGCGGGAGGAGGUGAUGCUGUCAGCAGAGACGCUGAGUGACCGGGCCCGGUGGAUGGCAGCGCUGAUGCACAGGGAGAAGGAAAAGCCUGACACCAUUCCCAAAGGAGACCUGAGCCAGGUGGAGGUGACCCGUGCCUACCUGGCCAAGGAGGCAGAUGAGCUGUCCCUGCAGCAGGCAGACGUUGUGCUGGUGCUGAGGGAAGAGGAUGGCUGGUGCUGGGGGGAGCGGCUGCGGGACGGGGAGCGGGGCUGGUUCCCCCAGGCCUGUGCCCGGCCCAUCACGAGCCGCGUGGCUGCCGAGGGCAACGUGCGGCGCAUGGAGCGGCUGCGCAUCGAGACCGACGUGUAG